AAAUGAUAGAGAUAUCAAUUUCAUAAAUCAGUUUAAAAUAAGCUUUAGGCAAUUGUUAAAUCAACAUUGGAGUGAAAUGCGGUACAUUUCUUAUAUAUAAUCAGGUGAAAAAAAAGAAAUAUUGUAUUAAUAGUUUUCAUCGACUUAAAAAAUAAUCAAAUAUUCCUAGCCUCAUCAAUAUGUAUUUGAUAUACAAAAUACUAAAUUUGUAAAAUUUAAGUUUUAUUCAUUAUUAGUUAUAAUUUUAUAUCGAAACUCCAGAUGAAUAGGGCUAUAUUAAACUUUUAGGAAGUUCAAAAUUACUUAUUAAUGAUGUUUAAGGAAGAGAAGUUUCUCAUAAAAUUGAACUUGAACACGGAAAUAUUAUGAAUAUAGUUUUACGAUGUAUUACAGAAGUACGUAAUUCUACUAAACAAAUACCUGUAUUGAACAAUCGGACUGAUAAUUAUCAUAUGAUGGCUGCAAACAAAUCAGAACCAAUAAUUCCAAUUAAUAACAAAAAACGUUAUGGAAGUCCUUAACCUAAUAAAAAUCAACCUUCUCGUUCCCCUUAACAUAAGAAAUUACCACCAUAACCAUAACCUUAACCUGUAAUGAUGUAACAAUAACAACAAUUUUUAUAAUAACAACCUUAAUAAUAGUUAUUGUAACCUACUAGCAGCAAUCUUAGUAAAAGUAGUGCUUCAAGCAUAAAACAAUAAAAAAUAUUAGAAGACUAUAAAUAAGUUAUGCAAAACAGUGUUUUAGAUGAAAGUGAAGAAUUUUAAAGUAGUCCAGAUCAUAGAAUGGAUCCACCUUAACCAAUUAUGGAAUUCAAAAAUAAUAAUAGCAUUACUCCUAGACAAAGCUCUAGAUAAAUUGAUGAAAUAUAAUUAGCAUAAUACAAAUAAAUGGUUAAGGAAUUAUCUUUACUUCUUGAUGUCUAAUAAGACUGUGAUUCAAUUGUUUAUGCUGUUUAAUAAUUACUUUAAAAAUUUAGAGGUUAAAAUGAAUAGAUAAUGAAGAUUUAAUGCGAUAAUUAAAUUCUUUUCAGUCAAUAUAGUAGUUUACAAUAAUAGAAAACACUUAUUGAAUCCAAAUCAGAUGAAUUUAGAAAUUAAAUUAAAUCUAAAUUAAAAACAUACAAACAUUUAUUUGAUGAAAAUGUUUAACUUAAAAAUUAACUCAAAGAAGACCUAUAAAAAAUAGUUGAUCUUAACAUUUAGAUCCGAGAAUUAAAAGGAGAUCAAUAAGAAAAAUAGCUUAUAGAUUCAGAAAUUCAAAAUUUAAAGUAGUAAAUAGAUAAAGUUGCUUUAAAUGUUGAUCAAAAAUAAUAUGAUUAUGCCAGAUUAACUGAGGAAAUUAACUUAAUUCAAUAUAAUGUUUGA